CCCCACUCGCUGCGAGAGCGCGAGCAGCGCGCUCCCGCUGCCCGCGUCGCCAUCUUUUUCCCCCUCUGUCCGUCUGUCUGCCGUUGGCUUUGUCCGUCCACCGCGACGCCCCUCGCCUCCCCGCUGCGGGCUCAGCCCGCCGCCACCCUCUGCCCGCCGGGGUCCGGUCCCGGAGAGCCCCGGCCCCGCCAGCCCGAGCUGCUGCUGGGGCCCAUUGUCCCGUGGUCUGUCUGUCCGGAGGCGGGGCCCAGGGACGCGGAGCGCCGAGGCAGAGGAUUCACAUCACUAGGAUUCAGGCGAGUUUACUUUGCUCCGUGGGACCGCACCAGAGCUGGAGGGGAUCAAGUAUUUGCUGGGCUAGAAGAACAAGCCCGACAAGCGAUGAUGAAAACUGAUUUUCCUGGAGACCUUGGCAGUCAGCGACAAGCUAUCCAACAACUAAGAGAUCAGGACUCCAGUAGCAGUGACAGUGAAGGUGACGAAGAGGAGACCACACAAGAUGAAGUAUCUUCCCACACAUCAGAGGAAGAUGGUGGGGUAGUCAAAGUGGAGAAAGAAUUAGAAAACGCAGAGCAGCCUGUUGGUGGUGGGAGUGAAGUAGUAGAGCAUGAGGUCACAGAAAACCUAAAUUCUGACCCCUUGCUUGAACUCUGCCAGUGUCCCCUCUGCCAGAUAGACUGUGGGAGUCGAGAGCAACUGAUUGCACACGUGUACCAGCAUACUGCAGCAGUGGUGAGUGCCAAGAGUUACAUGUGCCCUGUCUGUGGACGGGCCCUUAGCUCCCCAGGGUCAUUGGGUCGCCACCUCCUAAUCCAUUCGGAAGACCAACGGUCUAACUGUGCUGUGUGUGGAGCCCGUUUUACUAGCCAUGCCACUUUUAACAGUGAGAAACUUCCUGAAGUACUUAAUAUGGAAUCCCUACCCCAAGUGCACAGCGAGGGCCCCUCCAGUGCUGAAGGGAAGGACGUUACCUGUAGUCCUCCAGUAUACCCUGCUGGAGUUCUGCUUGUGUGCAACAACUGUGCUGCCUACCGCAAGCUACUGGAAACACAGACCCCCAGUGUGCGCAAGUGGGCCCUCCGUCGACAGAAUGAACCUUUGGAAGUACGGCUACAACGGCUUGAACGAGAACGCACAGCCAAGAAGAGUCGGCGAGACAAUGAGACCCCAGAGGAGCGGGAGGUCAGACGCAUGAGGGACCGUGAAGCCAAGCGCCUGCAGCGCAUGCAGGAGACAGAUGAGCAGCGAGCUCGCCGGCUACAGCGAGACCGUGAGGCCAUGAGACUGAAGCGGGCCAAUGAAACUCCAGAGAAGCGGCAAGCCCGACUCAUCCGGGAGCGAGAAGCUAAGAGGCUCAAGAGGAGACUGGAGAAAAUGGACAUGAUGUUGCGAGCUCAGUUUGGUCAGGACCCUUCUGCCAUGGCAGCCUUAGCAGCUGAAAUGAACUUCUUCCAGCUGCCUGUGAGUGGGGUAGAGUUGGACAGCCAGCUUCUGGGGAAAAUGGCUUUUGACGAACAGAACAGCAGCUCUCUGCACUGAACCACACCCUCCUGCCUGACUUCCGUCCACUCCAGCCCAUUGGGAUCAGUGCUGCUGUCACCCAGGAGGCCACAGUCCUUGCUGCCACAGGCAGGCCUGGGUUGGUUGCAGGGAAACCUGUGCACCCUCUGCAUGUGGGAACAUGAUGGGGUCAGGCAGCUCUGGACAAAGGAGCAGGCACUCCAGAAACCUGGACUCCUCAGUCCACUGUGGCAGGCCAGGGUUAUGGGACUGUAGGACCCCAGUACAGUCCAUAAAGCUGUGAGGGCAAAUAAAUUAAUUUUAUCUUUACUGGC